GGGGUCGGUAUAAAAGGAGCGGCCCCGGGCUGACGGCGGUCCAGUGGAGCGAUGGCCGCUAAUGCGUUUGGAAGGGUGGCGGGGCUGUCGGGCGCCUUGGCGGUCGGGCUCGGAGCUUACGGAGCGCACGGAUUCCGACGCAGCGAUCGAGAUGAGUAUUUGAAAGAGCUAUUUGAAACUGCGAACAAAUACCAUUUCCUACACAGCCUGGCACUACUGGGAGUUCCUCACUGCAGAAAACCUCUGCUGGCUGGUUCCUUGCUGACCUCUGGGAUGGUGAUGUUCUGCGGCUCCCUUUACUAUCAAGCGGUGACUGGGGAUCCGAUUCUCACCAAAGCUGCACCGUUCGGUGGAACCGUGCUGAUCGUGGGAUGGGCGGCCAUGGCGCUGUGAGACCAGGAGGGCGCCGAAGGUUUACCGGGCAAGAGAACACAUACCGAGGAGCCAGGCGGAAUGUAACGUGGGGUACUUUG